UCUUGGUAGCAAAGUCUGAGGGAAGGACACUUGGACUGAACAGCGGCUCUGCGGGUGAUGGAGUUGUGUCUGUACGGUCAGAUGCUGUCCUGCGGUCAGCUUAUGUCUCUGGAGGAGCUGCUGCAGGUCCAGGAUCAGCCGCUCAGUGAGGAGCAGGCCUGGGCUCUGGGUUUCCAACUCUGCUCGCUGUUUUCUCAUCACACCCGGAGGACUGUCGUGUCUGCAGCCGCCGACGGUGUUUUACUGUCCGCCGACGGCAGCGUCUCCCUGAGGCCGGUCAGCAGUAUUACCGGUGAUUCCCUCGUCAUCGAGACAGAGGAGCAGGCGGUGGAGUUUGUGGGUCGUCUCGUGUACCUGAGUCUGGACUGGGGUCUGGAGACGCAGGUGGAGCGAGAGCUGAGCGAGACGCUGGAGAUCCUGCUGUGUCAGAUGACCAGAGUGACCUGCCGUCAGCCCGUCUGCUCCAUCGCUGAUGUCAUCCAGGUCUGUAGGAAGCGUCUGUGCAACCCCGCUCAGGCUGAUCAGCACUAUAAGAGCGUGUGCCGCAGUCUGUUCCUGCACAGCGCUGAGCUCUUCCAGUAUCUGCAGAUCGUUCAGCAGUCCAGGAAGAGUCUGCAGAAACUGCUGGAAUCCGAGACUCAAAUAGUGGCGAAAGUGUCCACAGACUGGGUAUUUGUGUGGAAGGAUCUGGUGGAGGAGCUGAGCAGAGGUGUGGUGUUGAGGCCUUCAGCUAAGAGUCUGACUGUAAAGAAACGUCCAGUUCCUGUGGAAAUUCCUCCAUUUCACCAGCUCCUGCGGGACAUCCAGAGCCGGCGCUACACACUCCGCAAGGUUCAGGAUGUGUCAGAUGGACAAAGAAAAGCAGACGCUCAUCAGACUCUUCUAGAGUUCAUCCGCUCACGGCCAACAUUGAGACCGGCCUCCGAGCGCAAGAUGGGCAUGAAGCCUAAAAAGCAGAGCAGUCUGCAUGAGCUGCUGAUGGAGGAGAUCCGCUCGGCUGACCACUCCAAACGCCUGAAUCGCAGCCCACGACACCACAACAAUGGAUUGACCGUCCCUGAAGACUCCACUGGUCUGAAAGCUCCUGCACUCAGGAUCCCAGCACACGAUGAUUCAGAAAGUCCAGUGCCAGACUCCAACUUCACAGACUUCAGAGGUGGCGCAGGAAAGCGGAGGACCAGAUCUUUUGCCUGCAACCGGGAUCUUCUUAAAGCGGUUAAGAGCAGGAACCAGGGCUCAGUUCUCAAAUCCAUUGUUGAUGUGUUGAAGAUGCAGAGUCCUGAGAAGAGAGGAGACGUCAGCAAUAUGACCUGUGAAAGAUACCAAGACUGGCGGGUGUGUUCAUGCUGCGCGAUGAGAAGCCUUUAUUUCACCUGGCACAACGUCUGCUCUGUGUGUCACAGGGUUGUGUGUCCUGGCUGUUGUGUAGAGAUGCGUCUGCCGUCCCAGCGCUGUGUGAACCUUCCACUCAGCUUCUUCAAGCAGAUCGUGAUGAAAGACUGUGAGCAGAGCCAGAGGAACUUCUGGAGUGAGCGCUGGUCCUGGAAUUCAGCCUGGAUUCCUCUGGUUCUGGUGUCCGGCAGCUCGAGCUCCUCAUCGCUCCACACUCUGGCCAUGCGGGAUUGGUACAGACAGGACAUCUGCGUCAGCUGCCAGACCGAUUUACUGGAGGCCUGUGGCUCUGUCCUGUCCCGUUGUCCCAUCAGAGACUCUCAGGAGAUCUGACCCUUUCCUUUACGCUGCCCCUUAAUCUCUUGCUUUAUCCGUGUGUAUAUCUGUGCUGUUUGUGGGCUUUACUUGUUGUUGGGGUGGUUGUUCAGUGUGGCACUGUGUUCUACGAUGUUGUUUUUUCUCUCACUAUUUUCAAGGUAUUUUUUAAAGUUUUAAUUUAUGAACAAAUUUAAAUAAAUGUGCUGAACAUUUUUAUUAAA